GUUUUUCCAUGCAAAGAUUAGCACGUGAGGAGUCAUUUUCCAGGCAGCUUCUCUCAGCGCAAGGAGCAGGACCACGAUCUGAAGGCGGACUGCCUCUUUGGCUAAGCUGACUUGGCACCCAGUUGCACCCUGUGUCACCAAAGUAAGUCCUCAGAGCAUUCAAGCAACUGCCAGGCAGCAGUCAUGGUUCUUCCCUGGCCUGUAGUGCACGCUGCGGUGUUUGCCCUGGCAGCCCUACAGGUCCUGGCCUCAGACACCUUCACUGCAGCUGUGUAUGAGCAUGCCGUCAUCCUGCCACGUGCCACUCAUGAGACGGUUUCUCCUGAAGAUGCUUUGGCCCUGAUGAACAAGAACAUGGACAUCUUGGAAGGAGCCAUCAAGGAAGCAGCCCAGCAGGGCGCGCGCAUCAUUGUGACUCCUGAGGAUGGCAUUUAUGGCUGGGUUUUCACAAGAGAAACUAUCUACCCGUACCUGGAGGACAUUCCUGAUCCAGAGGUGAACUGGAUUCCCUGCACUGAUCCCACAAGAUUUGCUCCAGCACCAGUGCAGGAACGGCUCAGCUGCAUGGCCAGGAAUAACUCCAUCUAUGUGGUUGCAAACAUUGGGGACAAGAAGUCGUGCAAUUCCAGUGAUCCCAGUUGCCCCAGUGACGGUCGCUACCAGUACAACACCAAUGUCGUCUUUGACUCAGAAGGGAAACUGGUGGCUCGUUACCACAAGUAUAAUCUGUUUAUGUCAGAACAAAAACAGUUUAAUUACCCUGAAGAGCCAGAAGCUGUCACCUUCGAGACACCCUUUGGGAAGUUUGGCAUUUUCACUUGCUUCGACAUCCUUUUCUGGGAGCCUGCCGUGGUGCUGGUGAACAAGCUGCAGGUGGACACGGUGCUCUUCCCGACAGCCUGGAUGAACGUCCUGCCCUUUCUGACUGCUGUGGAGUUUCACUCUGCCUGGGCUAUGGGCAUGAGAGUCAACUUCCUAGCUUCCAAUACUCACAACACCAUCAUGUCCAUGACAGGGAGCGGCAUUUAUGCACCAGAUGGAGCCAGAGCCUAUUACUACAAUAUGAAAACUGAGGAAGGCCGUCUUCUCAUUGCUGAACUAGAUUCACACCCUCGCCUUUCUCCUGCCUCCCCUCCUGCUGUCAGCUGGAGUUCAUAUGCUUCAAGUGUAGAAAAAUGCAUACCAGAUGAACAUGACUUCAGUGGAUUGGUCUUCCAUGACCAGUUCACUUUCACUGAGCUCACUAAGCCAGAGGGAAGUAUCACUGUUUGCCAGAAAGACCUCCACUGUCACCUGAGCUACAAGAUGGCAGGGAAACAAGAAGAUGAAGUUUAUGUGCUAGGUGCUUUUGAUGGGCUUCAUGUUGUUGAAGGACAAUACUAUCUGCAGAUAUGCACGCUGCUCAAGUGUAAGAGCACAGACCUGAGCACAUGCGGGCAGCCAGUGGAGACUGCACAGACCAAGUUUGACAUGUUCUCCCUCAGUGGCACGUUUGGCACUAACUAUGUCUUUCCAGAGGUCUUAUACAGUGACGUGCAGCUGGCCCCAGGGGAAUUUGAGGUAUUGAAUGAUGGGCGUUUAAUAAGUAAGACAAAACCAACAAAACCAGUUGUCACUGUGACGCUUUUUGGUCGGUGGUAUGAGAAGGAUCAUCUAUAGCAAGAUCCACAACUGACAGCCUUCCCGUGACGUUACCAUAACUGAAGCUGUACACUAAUAAUCUCAUGUCCAAAUGAGAUACAGCAUCCUCUACUACAAUAAUCAGGAUUAUAUUUCAUUCUUCAUGUUGAACAAAGUUCUCAAUGUGAUUUGUUUAGGAAAAAAUCAGCAACAUUAUUGUAUUGCUACCAUUUAUUGUGAAGUAACUAUUUCUAUAUUGUAAGAAUACUACGCUUUAAUUAGUACAAAAUAGCAGUUGUGUUUCUCUCACUGUUUUCUGGAUUUUUAUUUUUUUAGCCCUCAGAAAUUCUGUAUUUUGGGACAGAGGAUAAAUUCUUACUAAAACAGCAUUGCAUAUUUUAUAAUUGCAGAUUGCUGAGAUCAGUAAAUAAAACACUGAAAGAUGUGAUUCAUGACAGCUCCAUGCAA